AUGCGCGUUUGGAUCGCCGCCUUUAACGUUGAAGAACUUGUCCUUGGGGUAGAGGUUACAGGCGGCUUGCGUGAGACAUAUGUCAAGAUCCGGUACUUCAGCGCUCUCACACCAGCAAAAGUGGUGUGUAUUGCCAAGGGCUGGUACAGCUAG